UACAAAAAAGAAAGAAAAUAAACUGAAAAAAAAAUCAAAGCGAAACCACAGAUUCGAUUGAUAUUUUGCUGCUGAAAUUCCAUUAUAUCCUGGAGAAAAAGAAAAGAUUUCAGUAUUUUCUCUGCCAUUAGUUUGAUUUUUCCGAGGAAAUAAAUAAGAAAAAGAAAAAUCGGCAGUCCUUUUUAUUCAUUUAUUGCUGUUUAUUUUCUUUAAUUAGAUGAUGUAUGAAGAGAUUGUUCCUGUGUUCGUCUCUGCAUCAGAUGGAAGAUAACAAUUCUCCCAAGAAGGAUUACUAUAAGAUUCUAGAAGUUGAUUAUGAUGCAACUGAGGAGAUGCUCAAGCUGAAUUAUCGGAAGCUUGCAUUGAAGUGGCAUCCUGAUAAGCACAAUGGUGAUACUAUGGCUACUUCAAAGUUUCAGGAGAUCAAUGAAGCUUAUAACGUGCUAAUGGAUCCUGAUUUACGUUUUGAGUAUGAUUUAACCGGAAUAUACGAGAUUCACAAGUAUACUUUGCGGGAGUAUCUGGCUAGGUUUAAGGGAAUGAUACUCACUUGCAAUGGACUAGGCAUCAGUCACUCCUCAUCGCCAUGGACACAACAAUUGGCGGAAGGCAAUAUCACUACAGAUGAGCAAGGUUUCGAUCUGGCUUCUGUAUCAACUGAAACUGAAACAGAAACAGAGCUUAAGUAACAUUUGAUCUUGAAACUCAAAUGGCAUUAUCAUUCGGUCUUCCACAAAUUUUGAUCAGGAGCUGUAAUACAGAGGUGUAUGAUUUUUAUGUCCACCCCCAUUCGACGAUAUAACAGCCUUUUCAGGAUGUUUAUGUUUUAGAAAUAUGAUGGUAUUACACAAUAAGAAGAAAACAUUGUGUCUAGUCAAUGCUUAACCUUCAUAGAUUUUGUGAGUUAAGCCUUUACUCUGUGUUUGUAUUAUAUGGGUUAUACUCAGUGAAGACUUCAAUCUUCGGAUAUUUUUAUUA